AUGGGGGAUUGGAAUUUAUUGGGCAACAUUUUAGAGGAGGUCCAUAUUCAUUCCACCAUUAUGGGGAAGAUCUGGCUCACGAUCCUUUUUGUGUUUCGAAUGCUUGUACUGGGUGUUGCAGCAGAGGACGUCUGGGAUGAUGAGCAGAGUGAGUUUGUUUGCAACACAGUGCAACCUGGGUGCAAAAAUGUUUGCUAUGACCAGGCUUUCCCCAUCUCCUUGAUCCGUUAUUGGGUCCUUCAGAUCAUAUUUGUGUCCUCUCCAUCUUUGGUCUACAUGGGUCAUGCAUUGUACUGUUUAAGAACCAUUGAGAAGGAGAGGCACAGAAAAAAAGCAUGUCUGAAAGCUGAACUGGACGUGACAGACCCAAUUCUCGAACAUAAGCAAAUAGAAUGGGAGCUCAGAAAACUAGAUGAACAGAAGAAACUAAGGAAAGUUCCCCUUCAAGGCUCCCUGUUACGGACAUAUGUUUUCCAUAUCUUGACAAGAUCUGUAUUGGAAGUGGGUUUUAUUAUUGGUCAAUGUGGUCUGUUUGGCAUCAGCCUGCCUCCUCGGUACAAAUGUGAGAGGUUGCCUUGCCCCAACAGCGUGGAUUGUUUUGUAUCACGACCAACUGAGAAGAACAUUUUCAUGGUGUUCAUGCUGGUUAUAUCUGGAGUUUCUUUAUUCCUCAACCUUCUUGAGAUCUUUCAUCUGGGGAUGAAAAAAAUCAAACAAAGUUUGUAUGGUUAUAAAUAUGGAGAUGGUGACAGCAUCUGCUGGUCAAAGAAAAGCUCCAUGAUGCAACGAGUUUGCAAAUUAUCAAAUUCCUCCCCACAAAGACUGAUGCGGCUUCCACAAAUAGUGUACUCAGUUGUGUCGAGCUCUCACAAAGAAACUCAGCCAUUAAGUCUGACAUCCAUAGCCCCUCUUUUUCCGGAGCCUCAUAGUGACAACCAAUUACCGGCACAGGGUCACCAGCCAAACCAAGUGGACAUCCAGAGUAUGCAGCAUCUGAGCGCGACGGGGAGGCAACACACUUUGGACAUUUGGAUGCAAUCAUCUUGCAGUGAUUUAGAUGAACCUCAUCACUUGCGGAAGCAGCAAUAUACUGGAACUCAAACCACAUUAAUGGGCAGCCACAUGGUAAGCCCUGCAGCCCAGAGCAAUUUAGAGAAAAUACAAAGUGCUAUGGGCGUGUAUAAAGGACACAGUGACACGAGUGAUUCUCCUGGGAGUGACUACUUCUCGACAGCCCGUAAAAGCAGUUUCAUGUCCCGAGGAAUGUCUGAUGGAAGGCAAGGCAGUCUGUCAGGCAGCCUAUAUUCUAUGAAUGGAAUAAGCACCGAGGCGCUGUAUCUUAACAAGAAAGAGAGUCCCGUAGUGACUCCACCAACUUGUGGGAGAAGAAUGUCAAUGGUGAGAAUAUAUAAAAUGCUUAUUAAAAAAAAAAAAAACAUUUUAUAG